UACAGUAAUCCACCGUCCUCUCACUCUCAAUUCUGCUUUUUGAAAUCACUUCUUGCUGAAACGAUGUCCUCUAGUAAUUUCAGAACUCAAGAUGCUACCAGCAAAUUGGAGGGAACUCUUUCUUUCCAACAUAACUCUCAAGGUGAUCUGGCUGUAUCCCCAUUGCCCUGCAGCAGCACUUCCAUCGUUCAUCCUGAUUAUACUAGUGUUACAGCAUUGACAUCAGAAUCAUCCAAGCCUACAUUGUUUUCUCGUCAACCUAUUUCUGACAAGAAACAUAAUUACUUCACACUUAGUUCUAUGAACGGCUCAUCAGACUCUUCCCUGAAUUCACAUUUGCUCAGACAUCAAGGGAGCUCCACUAAGCAUGCUCAAUUAGGAAAAUUGAAUCCACAGUCAGAGGGCAGUUCUCGUCGAACUCCAGUUAUCAACCAUUUUCCUUCUACGUUAAAUGUCAAACCAAUGGGAAAGCAGAUCCCACUGUCAGAAGAUCGCACAAUACAGGUUACUGACAGAGGCCCUUUCCCAGUUAGAGCCCAACCAAGUAAGCUGCAUCAAACCCAAAAUUAUGGAUCUGUUGGUUAUCCUCAAAAGGCUGUUGUAGUUCCAUUGGCUAAUGGGCCUUCUCAAGUUCGUUUGCCUGUUUGUAGACUAUCAAAUACUACAGCUCAGGUUAUUCCUGUUCCAAAAGUUGGCAUUGAAUCUCAGGCUUCCAAAGUAUCUAUAAUAAGAAGAGAUGGAAAUUUUCUCUCUGUUCCCCUGAGUCAAUGCAAGAGGAUGAUUCCUCAACCCCCUAGACCUCCCUCUGUACCCUACCAACAGCAUUGCAUUCCAGCUCCUGUUUCAGUCCGGCCUCCUCUCCCUGCUUCAUCUUUUCACAUAAAAUGGCAAGGUUUUGUUGAACCUCGUAAGACACUCAAACAGAAGUGCUAUAUAUGCAAGAGGGAUCUCUCAUUCACGGCCGAAGGUCCUGUACAUCAGCCUGCUGUUCCUCCAUUUGUUGCCGUUCUUCCUUGUGGUCACACAUUUCAUGACCAUUGCUUGCAAAGUAUCACUCCUCAAGACCAACUGACGAAUCCUCCAUGCAUUCCUUGUGCAAUUGGUGAAACAUAAAAUUUCUUGAAUUCUUGUUUCAGUUUUUCAGGCUACUUAAAACCAACACUUACUCGAAGGUCUUUCCUUGGAUUUAGUUUAGUGACGAAGAAAAGCAAAAACAGAUCUUUUGGAGACUGUACAUAGAUAGGGUCUCCAAGUGAGAGUACACCUGUUCGGUAAGGCUGCAUUUCUAUACCUGACUUUUGUGUCAGCCGAACAAAUUCUACCAUGUGCUUCAAUAUAUUCUUUUGGGAUCCCAAGUUACAUAUUUUCUUUCCAGAACUGAAAACUGUCUAUUUAAUAUCUGUUCUGUGAAUGAAUAGCAUUCGUACUUUUA